UUUGUGUGUGUGGGUGGGUGUGUGCGCGUGUGUGUGUUUGUGUGCCGGGCUGCAGCUGAACCACUCAGCCGUCCGGAGGUUUAAAGGUGGGCGGAGACAGAGAAACCCGAGGAAGUCCUCCCGUCUGCAGCGACCGACGCACAGUGCAUUUUCGGACUCGGCACCCGCACCCGUCCGAGGAGGGGAGACAUCAUGGCAACGACAACUUGUACGCGUUUUACAGAUGAAUACCAGCUGUACGAGGAGCUUGGCAAGGGGGCCUUUUCAGUGGUGCGCCGCUGUGUCAAACUCUGCACAGGCCAAGAGUACGCCGCCAAAAUCAUCAACACCAAAAAGCUUUCGGCCAGAGACCAUCAGAAACUGGAGAGAGAAGCCAGGAUCUGCAGAUUGCUCAAGCACUCCAACAUCGUUCGUCUCCAUGACAGUAUCUCAGAGGAAGGCUUCCACUAUCUCCUCUUUGACCUGGUGACAGGAGGGGAGCUGUUUGAAGACAUUGUGGCUAGAGAGUACUACAGCGAAGCCGAUGCCAGUCACUGUAUCCAUCAGAUUCUAGACUGUGUGUCUUACACCCACCAACAUGACAUAGUGCACAGGGACCUCAAGCCGGAGAACCUGCUGCUGGCCAGCAAGUGUAAGAACGCAGCGGUGAAGCUGGCUGACUUUGGACUCGCCAUCGAGGUUCAAGGAGAGCAGCAGGCUUGGUUUGGCUUUGCAGGGACUCCCGGCUACUUGUCCCCAGAGGUGCUGAGGAAGGAGGCGUACGGCAAACCUGUCGACAUCUGGGCGUGCGGUGUGAUCCUCUACAUUCUUCUGGUUGGAUACCCUCCGUUCUGGGACGAGGACCAGCACAAACUCUACCAGCAGAUCAAAGCUGGAGCGUACGACUUUCCCUCCCCAGAGUGGGACACGGUGACUCCGGAGGCUAAAAAUCUGAUCAACCAGAUGCUGACUAUCAACCCAGCCAAGAGAAUCACUGCCCAGGAGGCUCUGAAGCACCCAUGGGUCUGCCAACGCUCAACAGUGGCCUCUAUGAUGCACAGACAGGAGACCGUCGAGUGCCUGAAGAAGUUUAACGCCAGGAGGAAACUCAAGGGUGCCAUUUUGACCACCAUGCUCGUCUCCAGGAACUUCUCUGUGGGCCGGCAGACCACAGCGCCGGCGUCCGUCAGCGCUGUGGCUGGAACCACCGCUGGCAUCGUGGAGCAAGCAGCCAAGAGUCUCCUCAACAAGAAGGCUGAUGUCAAGCCGCAGACGAACAGCACGAGAAACAGCACAGUCACCAGUCCCAAAGGACACGUCUCUGCUGCACUGGAGCCUCAGACUACAGUUAUCCAUAAUCCAAUAGAUGGGACCAAGGGAUCAUCUGACAGCAGCAACACCACCAUUGAGGAUGAAGAUGUGAAAGCUCGCAAACAGGAGAUCAUAAAGAUCACCGAGCAGCUGAUCGAAGCUGUCAACAAUGGAGACUUUGAGGCGUAUGCGAAGAUCUGCGACCCUGGCCUGACCUCGUUUGAGCCGGAGGGCCUGGGUAAUCUGGUGGAGGGAAUGGACUUCCACAGAUUUUACUUUGACAAUCUCCUCUCCAAGAACAGCAAACCCAUCCACACCACCAUCCUCAACCCUCACGUGCACAUGAUCGGGGACGACGCCGCCUGCAUCGCCUACAUCCGCCUGACGCAGUUUGUCGAUGUGCAGGGCCAUCCUCGCUCCAGCCAAUCAGAAGAGACCAGAGUAUGGCACCGCAGGGAGAGCCGGUGGCAAAACGUCCACUUCCACUGCUCAGGAGCUCCCGCUGCCCCGCUGCAGGGAUGAGGUCUACGAGACUGAAGAGGAGGGCUAGAGGAGCGGAGGAGGAAUGCGUGGAUAAGAUCUGAGAGAGCAACAGAGGACAGAGAGGUGCAAGCAGAUGCAAGGGGGGAGUCUGGAGAGUCUGUAAUUUCUGGGAUCGUGGUCGUCCUCCUGCUCUCUUCUCUCUCCGUCUCUCUCCACAUACAGCCGACAGCCGACGCUCCCAUCAUUAAACCUACACUACAGCAGUGGGCGUAUCAGCCGAAAAAAGAAAAGAAAAGAAAAAAAAAAAAGGAAACUCUUUAGCCUGCGUCUUGUCUUCAGUUGAGACCCGGACAACGCCUGUCCUUCAUCCAGCGUGGCACUCUCUCACUCUCUUAUUCUUACUUAUCUUCUAGUAUUAUUAUGGCUGCCGUCUAAUUGUUGUGCUCUGUCAUCUGUAAAGUAUAUUUAUUAGUCAUUUUAAACCUUUUCCUUCUGGUAUCUA